AUGUUGUCCCUUCUAAUAUCUGGGCCUAAACAACCUGGAAAUGACAUUGAUGUGUAUCUAGCGCCUCUCAUUGAAGAUUUGAAAUUGUUGUGGAAUGAAGGUGUCCAAAUGUUUGAUGCAUAUAGUAAAACCAAUUUCACUUUACGUGCCAUUAUUUUUUGUACGAUAAAUGACUUCCCAGCUUAUGGGAAUUUGUCGGGGUACACUGUGAAGGGAAGAACUCCUUGCCCCAUUUGUGAAGAUGAUUUGGAGGCAUUGCGCCUAGACAAUUGUGGCAAGCAUGUAUACAUGGAUAAUCGAAGACAUCUUCCAGAAGACCACCCUUUUCGAUUCAAUAAGGAUGCUUUUAAUGGAAAAGUGGAGUUGAGAGAAGCUCGUGGCCCUUUACGUGCAAGUGAGGUUUAUCAGCGGGUCAAAGACAUUGAGAAUGAGUUUGGUAAGCCUUACAAAAGCAAAUCAACUGGGGGUUACAAGAAGAAGUCUGAGCUAUGGUCUCUUCCAUAUUGGAGACAUUUGGAAGUUAGACAUUGUCUAGAUGUAAUGCAUAUUGAGAAAAAUAUAUGUGAUGCCAUUGUGGGAACUUUAUUAAACAUGCCAGGAAAGAAAAAGGAUGGAGUUAAAGUAAGAAAAGACAUGGCUGCUAUGGGUCGUUCAGAGUUGGCACCCGAAUCUCGAGGAAAACGCUGGUAUCUUCCCCCAGCUUGCUUUACCUUGUCUAAAAAGGAAAAAACUAGCUUCUGUGAGUCAUUGCAUGGUUUAAAGGUCCCGGCUGGAUUUUCUUCUAAUUUUCGUAGACUUGUGUCAAUGUCUGACUUGAAAUUGGGUGGCAUGAAAUCUCAUGAUUGUCAUGUCUUGAUGCAACAAUUAUUACUAGUUGCCAUUCGAGGAAUUUUGCCACCUCAAGUGAGGUAUACAAUUACAAGAUUAUGUGUCUUUUUUAACACUAUCUGUAGCAAGGUCAUAAAUCCAAGUAUUUUAGAUGACUUGCAAGCAGAUAUACUUGAGACAAUGUGUCGAUUUGAAAUGUAUUUUCCCCCAUCUUUUUUUGACGUGAUGCCUCAUUUGGUUAUUCAUCUUGUACGUGAAAUUAAACUUUGUGGACUAGUGUGUAUGAGAUACAUGUAUCCUUUUGAACGAGAAAUGGGUGACUUAAAGGGAAAAGUCAUGAAUCCGGCCAAACCUGAAGCUAGUAUUGUACAACGAACAGUUGCUGAGGAAGUGGCAGCAUGGGUUGCUCAAUAUCUUGCACGUUCACAGAAAAUUGGGUUGCCAAAGUCUCGACACGAUGGGAGGCUUGGAGGUCAAGGUACUAUUGGCAGGAAAAGGAUAUCCAUGGGCUUUGAAAUGAAAAAUAAGGUCGAGCUCUUUGUGUUGCAAAAUCUUAGUGAGGUUCAUCCUUACUUGGACGAGCACAUGCUUUUUCUUAAAAAUAAAUAUCCUUCCAAAAGUGAUCUUCAGCUGAUAAAGGAGCAUAAUUGUUCAUUCGUUACAUGGUUCAAGGAACGAGUGAUGUCCCAACUAUCCACCACACCUAACGAUAUAUCUGACACAUUGAGAUGGUUGGCAUAUGGUGCUAAAUGUCAAGUCAUGUCAUAUGAGGGAUACGACAUCAAUGGGUAUUCUUUUUACACUAGCCGACAAGAUGACAAGUCAACAAUGCAAAACAGUGGUGUUAAAGUAGUAGGUUUGUCAUCUGAGUAUGUUAGUGCACAUGAUAAAACACUUGUGGAUAAGAAGAAAUUUUAUUAUGGAAUCAUUGAAGAAAUAAUAGAGCUGGAUUAUGUUGAUUUCAAGAUUCCUCUAUUUCGAUGUAAGUGGGCUGAUAGUAGCCGUGGUGUAAAAAAAGAUGAACAAGGGAACUUGACCCUUGUAAAUCUUGGUCGGCGAGGGCAUCUAGCUGAUCCAUUUAUAUUAGCUUCACAAGCAAAACAAGUUUUUUACUUGGCUGACCCAGCUGAUUGUUAG